UCAGCUGUGUCCAAUCACAGCUGAUCACUGAUGAUCAGUGUGCCCUGAUGAUCUGUGUAGCCCCAGCAGUGCCACCUGUUAGUGUCCAUCAGUGCCAGCUGUCAGUGCUCAUCCAUGCCACCUGCCAGUGCCCAUCAGUGCCUACCAGUGCACAUCAAUGCCACAUAUCAGUGCCCAUCUGAGCUGCAUUUUAGUGCCACCUAUCAGUGCUGCCAAUCAGUGCCAGUCAUUGCCACCUAUCAGUGUGCAUCAGUGCCGCCUAUCAGUGCCAUAUAAGAGUGCUGCCUUUCAGUGCCCAUCAAUGAUGCCU